GAAGCCAUAAUGGCAGAGCUCCCUGUGACAGAGCUGCCUGGCGAUGCUCUGUGCAGUGGGCGCUUCACCAUCAGCACGCUGAUGGCAGGCGACGAGCCCACACCAGCCACCUGCGACAGCAGCCAGCCCAGCCACUUGACACACGGCAGCACCUUGUACAUGCGCACCUUCGGUUACAACACGAUAGACGUGGUGCCAGCCUAUGAACACUACGCUAACAGUGCCCUGCCUGGUGAGCCCCGGAAGGUGCGGCCCACCCUGGCUGACCUGCAUUCGUUCCUCAAGCAGGAAGGCAGCCACCUGCAUGCCCUGGCCUUUGAUGGACGGCCAGGCCAUGAGCUGACUGACGGACUCGUGGAGGAUGAGACAGGCACCAACAGCGAGAAGAGCCCCGGAGAACCUGUGCGCUUCGGCUGGGUCAAGGGGGUGAUGAUCCGGUGCAUGCUCAACAUCUGGGGUGUGAUCCUCUACCUGCGGCUCCCCUGGAUUACAGCCCAGGCGGGCAUCGUGCUCACUUGGCUCAUCAUCCUGCUGUCGGUCCUGGUGACAUCCAUCACUGGCCUCUCCAUCUCGGCCAUCUCCACCAACGGCAAGGUCAAGUCAGGUGGCACCUAUUUCCUAAUUUCCCGGAGUCUGGGACCAGAGCUGGGGGGCUCCAUUGGCCUCAUCUUCGCCUUCGCCAAUGCUGUGGGUGUGGCCAUGCACACCGUGGGCUUUGCGGAGACUGUCCGGGACCUACUUCAGGAGUACGGCACACCCAUCGUAGACCCCAUCAAUGACAUCCGCGUCAUCGGCGUGGUCACGGUCACUGUGCUGCUGGCCAUCUCGCUGGCUGGGAUGGAGUGGGAGUCCAAGGCCCAGGUGCUAUUCUUUCUUGUCAUCAUGGUGUCUUUUGCCAACUAUCUGGUGGGCACACUGAUCCCAGCAUCUGAGGACAAAGCCUCCAAAGGCUUCUACAGCUACCAUGGGGACAUUUUUGUUCAGAACCUGGUACCCGACUGGAGAGGCAUUGACGGCAGCUUCUUUGGCAUGUUCUCCAUCUUCUUCCCUUCUGCCACUGGCAUCCUGGCAGGGGCCAACAUCUCCGGGGACCUCAAGGACCCUGCUGUAGCCAUCCCCAAGGGAACACUCAUGGCCAUUUUCUGGACCACCAUCUCCUACCUUGCCAUCUCGGCUACCAUUGGCUCCUGUGUGGUGAGAGAUGCCUCUGGGGACGUGAACGACACCAUAACUCCUGGCCCAGGCCCCUGUGAAGGGCUAGCCUGUGGCUACGGCUGGAACUUCACGGAAUGCUCCCAGCAGCGCAGCUGCCGCUAUGGUCUCAUCAAUUACUACCAGACCAUGAGCAUGGUGUCUGCCUUCGCACCCCUGAUCACAGCCGGCAUCUUUGGGGCCACCCUCUCCUCUGCCUUGGCCUGUCUUGUCUCUGCUGCCAAGGUCUUCCAGUGCCUGUGCGAAGACCAGCUCUACCCUCUGAUUGGCUUCUUUGGCAAAGGCUAUGGCAAGAACAGGGAGCCUGUGCGUGGCUACCUGCUGGCCUACGCCAUCGCUGUGGCCUUCAUCAUCAUUGCUGAACUCAACACCAUCGCGCCCAUCAUUUCCAACUUCUUCCUCUGCUCCUACGCCCUCAUCAAUUUCAGCUGCUUCCAUGCCUCCAUCACCAACUCACCUGGAUGGAGACCCUCCUUCCGAUACUACAGCAAGUGGGCGGCGCUGUUUGGGGCAGUGAUCUCGGUGGUCAUCAUGUUCCUGCUUACCUGGUGGGCCGCUCUCAUUGCCAUCGGAGUUGUCCUCUUCCUCCUGCUCUAUGUGAUCUACAAGAAGCCAGAGGUGAACUGGGGCUCCUCAGUGCAGGCUGGCUCCUACAACCUGGCCCUCAGCUACUCCGUGGGCCUCAAUGAGGUGGAAGACCACAUCAAGAACUACCGCCCCCAGUGCCUGGUGCUUACAGGGCCCCCCAACUUCCGCCCAGCCCUUGUGGACUUUGUGAGCACAUUUACCCAGAACCUCAGCCUGAUGAUCUGUGGCCACGUGCUCAUUGGACCCCGGAAGCAGAGAAUGCCCGAGCUCCGGCUCAUUGCCAGUGGACACACCAAGUGGCUGAACAAGAGGAAGAUCAAGGCCUUCUACUCUGACGUCAUAGCUGAGGACUUGCGCAGCGGCGUCCAGAUUCUCAUGCAGGCCUCAGGGCUGGGAAGAAUGAAGCCCAACAUUCUGGUGGUUGGAUUCAAGAGGAACUGGCAGUCUGCCCACCCAGCCACAGUGGAGGACUACAUUGGCAUCCUGCAUGAUGCCUUUGACUUCAACUACGGGGUGUGCGUCAUGAGGAUGCAUGAGGGCUUCAAUGUCUCUGAGGCGCUGCAGACGCACAUUAAUCCCAUGUUCAACCCCAGAAAGGGAGGCAAGGGAGCCAGUGGCAGAAGCACUAGGCCACCUGUGUCUGGCAUGGCAGCCCCAGAGGCAUCGGUACAGGAGGAGCAGGCCAGCACCAUCUUCCAGUCGGAGCAAGGCAAGAAGACCAUUGACAUCUACUGGCUGUUUGAUGAUGGAGGCCUCACCCUCCUCAUCCCCUAUCUCCUGCACCGCAAGAAGAGAUGGCGCAAAUGCAAGAUCCGGGUGUUUGUCGGGGGCCAGAUCAACAGGAUGGACGAGGAGAGAAAGGCGAUCAUUUCCCUGUUGAGUAAGUUCAGACUGGGAUUCCAUGAAGUUCACGUCCUUCCCGACAUCAACCAGAAGCCCCAGGCGGAACACACCAAGCGGUUUGAAGACAUGAUUGCACCCUUCCGCCUCAACGAUGGCUUCAAGGAUGAGGCAACUGUCGCUGAAAUGAGGAGGGACUGUCCCUGGAAGAUCUCAGAUGAGGAGAUUAACAAGAACAGAAUUAAGUCCCUUCGGCAGGUGAGACUGAACGAGACUCUCUUGGAUUACUCUCGGGAUGCUGCUCUGAUCAUUCUUACCUUGCCCAUUGGAAGGAAGGGGAAGUGCCCCAGUUCACUGUACAUGGCCUGGCUGGAGACCCUGUCCCAGGACCUCAGACCUCCCGUCCUCCUCAUCCGAGGCAACCAGGAGAACGUGCUCACCUUUUACUGCCAGUGAUGCCCGGUGUGGUGGUUGCCGCCCAAAGCUGAGGGCUUGGGAUGGAGUCAGAACUUAUCCUCUCUGGUGGGAGAAGAGGCUGUAAGUUCUGCUGUGUCAUCAUCUGUAGCCUCUGCAGAAGAUGGUGUUUCCAGGAUGACUGAACCCCAUCAGACACACUUUCUGAACCUUGAAGUUUCAUGGAAAAGUCUCUGGAAGAUUCUUAUCUCUUUCUAAAAAGCUUUUAUUUGUCUUGAUGACCAAAGUAUUAGUCAUUGAUUCAGUCUUUGAUUUGUAUACAAAUUGAGUCCCAGCAUUGGGUGCACAACUUGGCAGUCUCUCUUGGGACCAUCCCUCUAACUGACACCCCCCCCCCAAAGCUGUCUUGUCCCCCCAGACAGGAGAGCAGGAGCCCAUCCUGAGGACCCCUGCAGAGCUCUGAUGACCACAGUGUCCUCUGAGCUGCGCAGCAACACACAUUUCUUCGGUCCUAACUGCUGUUGCUUUUCAGUGAUGGCUCCUGGGUGUUUGUUUAAACCAGGGUCCUCUAGGUUCUUUGAUUACAAAUUCUGUGGUUUUCCUAGAGACUCAGAACACACAGAACAGCAGGGAGGCAUCACAAAAUGGCUCUCACUCUAGAGGGUGUCCUCCAGUAGUUUCUGUCCUGCUUCUCUCUCUCCCCUCUUCCCCCUUCCUUUCCCUCUUUCUCCCUCCCUGUCCUUCCCUCCCUCCCUCCUUUCUUUCUUCCUUCCUUCUUUCUGACAGAGUCUUAUGCAGUCCAGGCUGGCCUUGAACUUGCUCUGUAGCCAAGAAUAGCUUUGAACUUCUGACCUCCCUGCCUCUGCUAUAGAGCACUGGAUUCCAGGCACAUGCCGGCAGGCAUGUUUUAUGUGGUGCUAGGGAUCAAACCUGUGGGUUUAUGGGUACCAGCAAGCACUCUGACAACUGUGCCACCCCCGCCCAGUCUCGAUGCUGCUUCUUUUUAAGUUGAUUGCAACCCACUAAGCGAUUUUCAGACCCACUCAUGAGCAGUGAGCCAUGCUUUGAAAAACAGGUUUCAUAUCUGCAGGUUGUGCGUAGGGGUCUGUGGCCGGCUAGUCUCUUCGUUGUCCAGGAAUUUUGUUUUGUCAACUUGACAGGAGCUAGGGCCAUCUAAGCAGAAGGAACCUCCAUGGACCAAAUGCCUUCCUCUGAUUGUUCUGUAAUGAUUGAUGGGGGUGGGGGAAGCUAGCCCACUUUGUUGCAGUGCCGCCGUGAGCAGGUGGUCCUGGGGUGUAUAACAUAGCAGGCUGAGCAAGACAGUAAGAACUGUUCCUCCAUGGCUUCUGCUUCCGUUCCUGCCUGGAGUUCCUUCCCUGACUUCUCUUCAUUAUGAACUAUGAGCUGUAAGAUGAAAUAAACCCCAUUCUCCCCAAGAUGCUUCUGGUCCUGAUGUUUAUCACAGCAAUAGAAGCCCUGCCUAAGCCUGGGCACUGCAGAACCUCCUUGCCAUAUCCCAGCCCAUUGCUUGGGAAAGCAAAGGAAACCAGUAGAGUUGGAGAGAGGCCCCGAUGGGGGCAGUGUUGAGAAAGUAGAUGCAAGAUUCAAGAACUUAGUGCUACACUGUGGGGCUGCAAGAAUGGACAGCACAGAUUUCAAAAGCAGUGAGGGUAAUGAAGAUGGCAAGACAGGUGAAGGAAGAAAGGAGGAAACAGAUUCUAUGCAGCCCAGAGCUGGAAGGAUCCUCCAACCCAGAGGAAAGAGAGCAGGAUAGCAGAUAGCCAAGUGCACCA